AUGAAAGAGACAGCAAAUCCUUCUAGUUCUCGGUGACGGCGGCAUCAAUUUCUGAAUUAAUUACCAUUUGUCGCAAAAACUGCGCGUCCUUUAUCUUUUCUGGACCAAAAUCUAUAAUCUUAUUCCAGGUUGUGUUAAAUAGUGUUCCAAAUGGCUUCUGACGAAGAAGUAGACGGCUCUUUUGCAGGUGACGAGGACGUGGAGGAAGGCGAGGGUCAGAAUGAAAACUCUGGUGAGAGUGAUGAAGCACCCCCAAAGGAGGAUGAAGAUUAUUCACCAGAAGAUGCAAGGAAGAAGAAAAAAGGCAAAAAGAGAAAAGCCCGCAGUGAAGAGAAAAAAGGUAGAAAGAAAAAAAAGAAGCGAAAGAAUGAGAGUGAAGAUGACGAGGAGUUCGGCCUGGAGAUCGAGGCGGAGGGCGACAGCGAUUAUGCUCUUAGCGCCAUGUCGAGCAGCAAGAAGUCGCGCAAGGGCCGCGGCAGCAAACACGCUGCGCCCGCCACGCCCGUAGCUUCUGACUCGGGAUCUGGAAUGCCCACAGUUGAGGAAGUGUGUUCCUCAUUUGGCCUCUCAGAUGUAGACAUUCAGUACACUGAUGCUGACUUUGAAAAUUUGACGUCAUACAAGUUAUUCCAGCAACACGUGCGCCCCAUGCUCGUGAAGGAAAAUCCCAAAGUCCCAGUUUCAAAGCUGAUGAUGCUGGUAGCGGCCAAGUGGCGGCUAUUCUGCGAGACCAACCCGAACCUCGGCGGCGGCUCGCAGAACAUCGGCUCCGAAGAGAAUACAAACACAUCCACUGGCUCGGACUACGCGCCGAAGUCGCGCCCGGCUCGCACGCUUAAGGAGUCCAAGAACGAGGAGGCAGUAGAAGAAGCGGAGGAAGAGGAAGAGGAAGAAGCGUCCGACGAGGGCACGCCCGCGCCCCGCAAGCGCGGCCGCAAGCCCAAGCACGCGGGCGCGGCGCGCGGCAAGCCCGGCCGCAAGCCCAAGGUGCCCACGCUCAAGAUCAAGUUCAGCAAGCGCAAGCGCACCAGCAGCGAGGAGGAGCAAGAAGGCAGUCCUGGCGCGAACACAGACUCGGACGCGGAGUUCGAGCAGAUGCUAGCGGAGGCCGAGGAGCCCAAGCCACCCGCAGCUGACGACGCCCCGCCGCCUCGUGAUGAAGACCCCAACGCGCCGCAACAACCUAAAAAGAAGGCAAAGACAAAGAUUGGCAAUAAGAGCAAGAAGAAGAAGAAAUUGAAGACGACAAAUAAGUUCCCUGACGGCGCUGAGGGCGAGCAGGAACACCAAGACUAUUGCGAGGUGUGCCAGCAAGGCGGCGAGAUCAUCCUGUGCGACACGUGCCCGCGCGCGUACCAUCUGGUCUGUCUGGAGCCCGAGUUGGAGGAGACGCCCGAGGGCCGCUGGUCGUGCCCGCACUGCGAGGCCGAGGGCAACCAGGACCAGGACGACGACGACGAGCACCAGGAGUUCUGCAGAAUUUGCAAAGAUGGCGGCGAACUGCUGUGCUGCGACUCUUGCCCGUCCGCGUACCAUCGGUUCUGCCUCAACCCACCGCUUGAAGAAGUACCUGACGGGGAGUGGAAGUGUCCUCGAUGUAGUUGUCCGCCUCUAGACGGCAAGGUGGCGAAGAUCCUGACGUGGCGCUGGAAGGAGCAGGCGGCCAAGUCCAAGGCGCCGCGCAGCCGCGAGUUCUUCGUCAAGUGGCACGAGCGCUCCUACUGGCACUGCAGCUGGAUAUCGGAACUGCAGCUGGACGUGUUCCACCCGCUCAUGUACCGGUACUACAUGCGCAAGUCGGACCCCGAGGAGCCGCCCAAGCUGGAGGAGCCUCUGGACGAGCGCGACACCCGCGCCAAGCGCCUCAAGGACCAGAAGCAGCAGGACCAGUACAUGGACGAGAAGUUACUGGAGGAGAAGUAUUACAGAUACGGCGUAAAACCCGAGUGGCUGGUGGUGCACCGCGUCAUCAACCACCGCACGGGCCGCGACGGCACCACGUACUACCUGGUGAAGUGGCGCGACCUGUCCUACGACCAGGCCACCUGGGAGGCCGAGCACGAGGACAUCGCCGGCCUCAAAGCAGCCAUCGAGUAUUAUCAGGAUAUGCGUGCCUUCAUCACUUCGGAAGGCAAGUCGAAAGGUAGCAAGGGCAAGAAGCCCGGCCGCAAGAGCAAGAACAAGGACGUGAUCGACGACGACGAGAACAGCGGCGGCCUGCAGCCCAAGCCCAAGAAGUACAACCCGCCGCCCGAGCGGCCCUCCUCCAACCUCAACAAGAAGUACGAGGACCAGCCGCCCUUCGUGUACGAGACCGGCAUGCAGCUGCAUCCCUACCAGCUCGAGGGGCUCAACUGGCUGCGCUACUCCUGGGGGCAGGGCAUCGACACCAUCCUCGCCGACGAGAUGGGGCUCGGCAAGACCAUCCAGACCGUCACCUUCCUCUACUCGCUGUUCAAGGAGGGCCACUGCAAGGGCCCCUUCCUCGUGUCCGUGCCGCUGUCCACCAUCAUCAACUGGGAGCGCGAGUUCGAGCUGUGGGCGCCCGACCUGUACUGCAUCACCUACGUCGGCGACAAGGACUCGCGCGCCGUCAUCCGCGAGAACGAGCUCACCUUCGACGACGGCGCCAACCGCGGCGGCCGCCCCUCCAAGAUCAAGUCGCAGGUCAAGUUCAACGUGCUGCUCACCUCCUACGAGCUCGUGUCCAUCGACGCCACGUGCCUCGGCUCCAUCGAGUGGGCCGUGCUGGUCGUCGACGAGGCGCACCGGCUCAAGAGCAACCAGUCCAAGUUCUUCCGCCUGCUGGCCGGCUACCACAUCAACUACAAGCUGCUGCUGACCGGCACGCCGCUGCAGAACAACCUGGAGGAGCUGUUCCACCUGCUCAACUUCCUCAACAAGGACAAGUUCAACGACCUCGCCGCCUUCCAGAACGAAUUCGCCGACGUGUCCAAGGAGGAGCAGGUCAAGCGGCUGCACGAAAUGCUGGGGCCGCAUAUGCUGCGCCGCCUCAAGGCCGACGUGCUCAAGAACAUGCCCACCAAGUCCGAGUUCAUCGUGCGCGUGGAGCUGUCGCCCAUGCAGAAGAAGUACUACAAGUACAUCCUCACGCGCAACUACGAGGCGCUCAACCCCAAGAGCGGCGGCCAGACCGUGUCGCUGCUCAACGUCAUGAUGGACCUCAAGAAGUGCUGCAACCACCCGUAUCUCUUCCCUGUAGCCGCAGAGGAAGCGCCUUUGGGGCCCCACGGAAACUACGAUACCCAAGCGCUGAUCAAAGCAUCGGGAAAACUAGUGCUCAUGUCGAAAAUGUUGAAACAGCUCAAGGAGCAGGGCCACAGAGUUCUGAUCUUCUCUCAGAUGACAAAAAUGUUGGAUAUUCUCGAAGAUUUCCUAGAGGGCGAGGGCUACAAAUACGAAAGAAUCGACGGAGGUAUCACCGGUACCAUUCGUCAGGAGGCCAUCGAUAGGUUUAACGCCCCCGGCGCCCAGCAAUUCGUGUUUCUGCUGUCGACGAGGGCCGGCGGUCUCGGUAUCAACUUGGCCACCGCCGACACCGUAAUCAUCUACGAUUCCGACUGGAAUCCCCACAACGAUAUCCAGGCGUUCUCCCGCGCCCAUCGUAUCGGGCAGGCCAACAAAGUCAUGAUCUACCGGUUCGUCACGCGAAACAGCGUCGAGGAGAGGGUGACUCAGGUGGCCAAGAGGAAGAUGAUGUUGACUCAUUUGGUCGUCCGGCCCGGCAUGGGAGGGAAGGGCGCAAAUUUCACGAAACAGGAACUGGACGACAUCCUGAGGUUCGGUACCGAGGAGCUGUUCAAGGAGGAGGAGGGCAAGGAGGAGGCCAUCCACUACGACGACAAAGCGGUCGGCGAACUGCUGGAUCGCUCCAAGGAAGGUAUCGAGCAGAAGGAGUCGUGGGCCAACGAGUACCUCAGCUCGUUCAAGGUGGCCAGCUACUCCACCAAGGAGGGCGACGGCGAGGAGGAGGUGGACACGGAGAUCAUCAAGCAGGAGGCCGAGAACAGCGACCCCGCCUACUGGAUCAAGCUGCUGCGCCACCACUACGAGCAGCACCAGGAGGACCAGGCGCGCACGCUCGGCAAGGGCAAGCGCGUGCGCAAGCAGGUCAACUACAACGACGGCUCCGUCGCGCAGACCGAGAACCGCGAGGACUCCACCUGGCAGGAGAACGGCUCCGACUACAACUCCGACUUCUCGCAGGGCUCCGAGGACGACAAGGAGGACGACGACUUCGACGAGAAGAACGACAACGGCGACCUGCUCUCGCGCCGCUCCAAGCGCCGCCUCGAGCGCCGCGAGGAGCGCGACCGGCCGCUGCCGCCGCUGCUGGCGCGCGUGGGCGGCAACAUGGAGGUGCUCGGCUUCAACGCGCGCCAGCGCAAGUCCUUCCUCAACGCCAUCAUGCGCUACGGCAUGCCGCCGCAGGACGCCUUCAACUCGCAGUGGCUCGUGCGCGACCUGCGCGGCAAGUCCGAGCGCAACUUCAAGGCCUACGUGUCGCUGUUCAUGCGCCACCUGUGCGAGCCGGGCGCCGACAACGCCGACGCCUUCGCCGACGGCGUGCCGCGCGAGGGCCUGUCGCGCCAGCACGUGCUCACGCGCAUCGGCGUCAUGAGCCUCAUCCGCAAGAAGGUGCAGGAGUUCGAGCACAUCAACGGCUACUACAGCAUGCCCGAGCUGGUGCGCAAGCCCGUCGAGCCGGUCAAGGCGGAGAGCGCCGCCGCCAGCCCCGCGCCGUCCUCCGCCACGCCCAUCACAUCGGCCGCGCCCUCACCGGCGCCCGUCCCAUCUGCCACCCCGGCCGUCGCCGCACCCGCCACCCCCGCCCCCGCCUCGCCCGCCGGCUCCGACAAGGACGACAAGCCCAAGGACGAGCCCAUGGACACCGCCGAAGCUAACGACCGGCCCGAGGACAAGGAGGCGCCGCGGGAAGUCAAGGAGGAAGCCAAGGAGCCGGAGCGCCGCAUGUCCGUCGACGAGGACGGCGACGACGAGCGGCCCGACGACAAGAAGGACGACAAGGAGCCCGAGAAGCUCAAGGAGGAGGUCAAGGAUGAAGACAAGAAGGACGACGCCAAGAGCGAAAAGGCCGAGUCGGAGGCUUCGGAGAAACCGAAGGAUGAGAAAAAGGACGAAGACGACGACGACGUCGUCCUAGUAAAAGAAGAGGAAGAUCUCAAAGUGGAACGGCGCAAGUUCAUGUUCAACAUCGCCGAUGGUGGCUUCACAGAACUACACACACUAUGGCUGAACGAAGAACGCGCCGCCGCGCCCGGUCGGGAAUACGAGAUAUGGCAUCGGCGCCACGACUACUGGCUACUGGCUGGGAUUGUAACCCAUGGUUAUGGCCGCUGGCAGGACAUACAGAACGAUCUGCGCUUCGCAAUCAUCAACGAGCCCUUCAAGAUGGAUGUGGGCAAAGGCAACUUCCUCGAGAUCAAGAACAAGUUCCUGGCGCGACGGUUCAAGCUCCUAGAACAAGCUCUGGUCAUCGAAGAACAGUUGCGGCGCGCGGCGUACCUGAACCUGACGCAGGACCCCAACCACCCCGCCAUGUCGCUCAACGCGCGCUUCGCCGAGGUCGAGUGCCUCGCCGAGUCGCACCAGCACCUCAGCAAGGAGUCGCUGGCCGGCAACAAGCCCGCCAACGCCGUGCUGCACAAGGUGCUGAACCAGCUGGAGGAGCUGCUGUCGGACAUGAAGUCGGACGUGUCGCGGCUGCCGGCCACGCUGGCGCGCAUCCCGCCGGUGGCGCAGCGCCUGCAGAUGUCCGAGCGCUCCAUCCUCUCGCGCCUCGCCGCCACCGCCGGCAACCCCGUGCCCGCCGCGCAAAUGCCUCAGUUCCCGGGCGGGUUCAGCGCGGCGGGCUCGCUGGCCGGGUUCUCGCCGGCCGCCGCGGCCGCCGCCAACUUCUCCAACUUCCGCCCGCAGUACUCCGUGCCGGGACAGCCCACAUCCACCGGAUCUUCUAAUGUAAGUUGA